AUGUUUCGUUAUCAACGCAGCUUAUUCUCUUUGACAACAAAAAAAUCUUCAUUGGUUCGGUUCAAUUCAUCUUCGGUUGGGAAUAAAGUGCAAUUAAACAAUUCUACGACGACGACGACGACGACGACAACAGCAACGGCUACUGCGGCAACUGUCGAUAAAGAAGUUAUAGCAACAAAGCCAACCGACUCGGAAAACAAAAAGAUUGCCUUUGUGCCAGUUAUUAAUAUCCCAGAAACAGAGUUUGCACAUAAUGCAUUCUUUUCGCUUUACAGGCCUUUAUUGGGGCUCUCUGACGAAAAUGAGACACCCUUUUUCGCACAAAAGACACUGCAGUCACAAGAGGAAAAAGAUCAAGAGAAACUGGAUGUGAUGUUGGCAAUGUAUAUGGGUAAUUGCAGUCCAUUUUUAGAACCCUCGCAACUCCCCCCUCAAACACAAGGAGACGAAUGGAAAGACGGGUUUUCAGAAGCAUAUGACGAUGCCAGUAAAGAAACAAGGGAAUUCACAGUAACCGAAGAAUUUCAAGAUUAUCAAGAUAUCUUUGGUCAAGAAGAUACAGCAAUAAAUACGGCUGUUAAUACCACAACUAGCCCAUUGCCGAUGUUUCAUAUGCCGGAAAGCACGGACGUAUUAGAUUAUUUAUCAUCAAUUGAAUCCAACAUGAAGCAAGAAAAUGCUAAAUUAGACGCACAAGAUGAUUUGAAAGCUUUAAGGUUAAGAAAGUUUGAAAGUGAACAACACAUGUUUGACAAUCAUUUGUCAGUGCACUUACCUUUAGUGUCUGCUCAUCAUCAUGUAUCCCUUAAAAGCAGUUUACAACAAGAUAAUCCCAAAGAAUUAGAUAGUAUAUCCAAGAUUCCCUUAAACAUUGGUGGACUGGAUAAUAUUUUAUUUGUCUCGACCUUAACGCGUGUUCAAUCGUCAACAAAGAAACCGAUGACCUCCUCUUCUGAAAUGAAACGACAGUCAUCACAACAGUACAUGUCAUCAGGCCCUAUUUACUAUAGCAACAGACGGUUGUCACAACCUGAAACACAUCAUCAACAUGAUUAUUACAAUAGCAGCAGUAGUUGUAGUACGGAACUGAUCCGACGUUUUAGUUCUGGAAGCACAACAAGCACUGUAGUCACAAGUAUUUCAUCUACCGCUUCUUUGCCUCCACUUGUCGACGCACAGACUACUUGGGAAACUGUUGAAGCACAUUAUAACCCCACUGCAGCACCUGUUUGGGCUGAUCCUAUAAAAGUACAGGAAAACCCAACAAGAUUUGAAGAAGCAACAUCUUAUUUACGUGAAAAUCAAAUCUCUUUCUCUUCUUCUUUGCCUCUUUUGAAGCCAUGUACCUUUUACUUUAGUGACACCAACAUUAAACAACAUUGUUAUAUCUCUGCUGUCAAUGCUGUCUUUCAAUGUGAUACUGUCUGGCAAUUUUCUUCUCGUUGGCGUCUAUACAAACAAACUUACUCUAAGAAGCCAUCUCAGUUAUUACCAAAUCAAAAUUUGUUUUGUUUUAUUAACGGCGUUGAGCCCAUGUGGGAAGACAAGGUGAACGAAAAAGGCGGCAGGUUAACAAUAACAAUUCAAAACAAUGGUAAACAUUUGGAUGAUGUGUCUGAAUGGAUUAUUUGCGCUUUGGUUGGUGGAGGCAUCUAUGAUUAUGGCGUGGUCGGAAUUGUCGUGUCAAAAAGAAACAGAGGUGAUCGUAUAGAAUUAUGGUUGGAUGAAUCAAAUACUACAAAUCAAUCUAUAUCCCAGUUCAAGUAUGUUAUAAAACAUAACUUACUAAUUACGUCAAGUCUAUUAAUACUGAAUUUUAUAUUAGAGAAUACCUUUGUACUAUAUUACCUAUUACUUGCCACAAUGAAAUUAAUGCAAGUAGAUAUAAAAAGCAUUUUUAACAAAAAUAUACCUUAUUGUGUAAAUACCAGCAUAUUCAUCUCAGUUAAAAAUAAAUUUCUUUCUUCGUGUGUAUAUAUAAAGAAAACCCUCCUUUUCAUCUCCCUAAACAAAAAAAAAACAUACAAAAUAAAAUUAUUCAUCCUUCUUUCAUUAUUGUCCCUUCAUACUUUUUCUUUUUAG